AUGACCGACGCCCAGACCCGCCAUCGCCCGACCUACACAGACAAGCGGCUCGUGCUCAACAAUGCCAACUUGGUGGAGCCCAUCGUGCGCCACCGAAUCCAGGAUUCCGUGUUUUACAAGCAGCAUCUCUACCUCACCAAUGAAGCCACAAUUCUUCCGAUAAUCGUGUCUCACGUCCACUACGUGGCUGGAACAGACUCAUUGGGCAGGCCAUCACCGUUCGUGUGUUGUCUUCUCCGUCUCUUGGAGCUUGCUCCGUCCGCAGACAUCGUUCAGGUGUAUCUCACCCAAUUGGAGUACAACCAGUUCAAGUACUUGACAGCAAUGGUGAUGAUGUACGUGCGGUUGACAGCGACAAGUGCAGAAGUCUAUACCACUCUCGAGCCAUACUUGCUGGACCUGCGCAAGCUCCGGAUCCGGCACAAAAACCCCCAGUUCAGCGAUGACUCCAUCCCUGUGCAUUAUGGGCUCACUUACAUAGACGUGUGGGCGGACGAGCUUCUCACCAAGGAGCGUGUGGCAGACUUGAUGCUUCCACGUAUGGUGCCACGCCAGCAGUUGGUGGAGCAGGGCGUGGUGCAGCCACGGACGUACCAUGUGGAUAACGAGUCAGAGGAAGACGAGCUGGACUACGAGAGUGAUAGUGACUAA